AUGGCGUCGGUCAAGUCUUUGGGGAUGCAUCCGCCCCUAGGCCUGCGAGGGCAGCCGGUCCAGGGCAGCUAUACCUGGGAUGUCACAAUAGAUGACGGCGGCGAGGAUGAGCUCCUGAUCAUCGAUAACAGUGUCAUCUGGAAGCGAGGAGGUGUGUUCAGGAAGAGCUUCAAUCCCGAAGUCGAAAAGGACGAGCCCAUCCUGCAGGCCCUGUUGACCUAUUUCCCCACCAACAACACGAACAACCAUGCAACUGCCACCAGGGGCACUACUAUGGAUCAGUCUGGCGCUUCCUCCAAGGCGAAAGACCAAGGAAAAAAGGACGUCAACAAGCUAGAGAAGGCACUUGUCAUCUUCCUCAAGACACAGGCACGCAUCUUCUUUCUGUCUGGUACAAGCCACACCGUCCACAUGCCCUUCGAGGUCGAGGCCGCCUGCGCUGCUCCGGUUGGUGUCAUCAUUCAAAGGAAACCUCGAACGCACAAUAUGGCGCCUAUCAGCCUGAAGUUUCCCCGUGUACCACCGAGCUCGUUCGUCUCCUCGCAGUUGUCUUCAGCACCCCAAAGGCAGCAUAACCCGACGGCUUCGUUCUCUGUGGAAGGUCUGGCAUUGCCAAGAACAUUGCCGCUGAGGCUGAGCACCACAAUGGAGAAUAUGUUCGAGACUCCGCUGGUGGUGAAUGAUUCACAAUGGCCCCGCCUGGUCUGCCUGACUGAUCCAUUCCUGGAGCUGGGCCUGGUGGUGAGCCGCUCGCCAACCUCAAGUAAAGGGGAUCGGCCACGUUCCUCGCCAAACGCGCCCUUUUUAGACCUGUCGGAGGAAAUUCUUCACAUUGAGACGAUAGAGGAUGGCUUGAUUCUGGCAGUAACCGCGAAUCGAGAGGCCAACCAAUAUACAGUCUGGCACCUCAGCUACAUUCAGGACGAGGACAUCUUUACCAAACACCCGAAGGACCAGGACCAAAAAGCCAAUCGCCGACGCAGCUCAAUGCAACCGAGGCUCAGCAGCGGCGCCACAACACCAGUUGCGGCGUCUUUCCGCGAGAGCUUCGGCGCCGGUCCACAACCUGGCAAGAAAGAUCGAAAAGGCGACAAACAGGACAGAUCCAAUACAGGUGACAUAGCCGCGGCAUUAGGAGCAGACAGAGGAGACAAGACAAAGAAGCCGUCCCGACGUGUGAGCUCCCUGCUGGCUCGAGCCGACUUGUCUGCGUCGCACGAAAGAACCACGUUCGCUGAGCCAUCGGCCCAAUCCACUCACGCCGAGGGCCGUCGUAUGACAGCAGGCCAACGAGUUCGUCACAGCGGCGGCCAAAGCAAUCUGAACCUCGGCAAUGCUCGCACCAUGGGUAACCUCAGCAAUUUGCGAGAAGCUGAAGGCCUCCUGAACGAGCUGCGAGCUGGUGGUGACUUUGAAGGUUUUCAUAGCAUGGGGCUCGAGGAUCAUAGCUUUGAUGGUUUGACCAGAGAGAUUCUUCUCACCAAGAUAAUCAGCACGUCUAUCGACAAUGCGAAUGUGCGGUAUUCGCUCUCAACCCAGCCAGCUCGCACACAGUACAAAGUCUUUAUGGUCAAAAGCCCCCAGUUCGCAACGGACGAAUCUGGUCGUUGGGACCUGCUUGUUGGCAUACAGGAUCCUCUAGAUAAACGCCUGCAGCUUCUCCCCUUGACUAUAGAACGACGAGGAAAUGCCAGCCCACCGGGCCACGAUAGUGGGAGGACAGCCGCGUCAAUCGCCUCUAGCGCAUACAAGAUCACUCCCAAUAUGUUGACCCGAGCCUCCAGUGUCGUUGACUCCUGCAAGGUCUCGGAUGGCGACCAGUCCAUGAUUCUGAUACUGUCGGAGAACAAGGAGGGUCAGCGAGAAUUAAGCAUCCAGGCACCGUGGAGUGCAAUGACCCCGCUGGCCUUGCCGACGUUAUACGCAGACAACAUCGGGAGCCUAGAGUAUACCGGCACUCACGUCAACAGAGAGGUCAAGGGUCGACGUUCUAUUGGCUCCAAACUCACCGCCACGGAUAUCACGAGAAUUCGCCAUUCGCGCCUGUCGGGUACCGUGGAUCUUGAGGAUCGAGAGGGCAAAAUUCACCGCAUUCAGAUCCAGCUGCAGCCAGCCAGUCCUCAAGUUCAAAAGCUUCUCCAGGUCUGUCGCAGCGUCUUGCCGAUCGAGGUGUCGGAAAAGAUGCUGGCUGGCUGGUGGCAUAUCAUGCAUUGGAUGGAAGAGCAGGGCAUCGAUGCAGCAGACCGUGAGUGGUCGUGUUUCGUCGUGGAGAUUCUUGCUAUAUUUCUAUCCCUUGGAAAUCCUGCUUCAAGCCUUCAGCAACCACCUACACAAGCGACGCCACGGCUUCGGAGGGCCAUGCAUGCCUCUGCAGGAAGCUAUGAAAAGAUGCUACCAUUUGCAGGCCCCAAUGCAUCCACAUGUCCAUCGUGGGCAUUAAGUCGUCCAUGGAGGUGGCUCGUGGAUGAGGAGACACCGGCCAUACCACCCAUCACACCCAGAACCAGCCGAGACGACUUUUUGACGAUUCAUACACGACUCGCCAACCUUGAGGACCGCACCGGUGCUGCAUGGGGCAUCAUGUGCGCUUUACACUUGCUGGUCGAAGAAGGAAAGCUGGACGUAAUGGACCCAGAAUACUCUUCGCCAGGACGGGCUGAUGUCAGAGCCCUUCUUUGUCAGAUUGGACGCUGGCUGGGUUGGAACGAGUUUGUGGCCCUGCACGAGCUGGGCAUGCCGACUGAUCUCGACCCUCGGAACCACUAUGAUAUUUCCGCUGCCGGUCUACCAAGUCCACAACGUCUUGUCAGCAUCUUGGAGUGGAUCCAAUCGCAUUUCGCGGGCGACAAAUCUAUUGAGUUCCCUACUGUUGCAGACGUCUACGCGACGAUUACUCAGAGGAGCAUUACCGCGGACAAUGCAUUCCGUCGGUGGUCCUCAAUCAUGCCGAGGACGUUCAUGUUCAAGAGGCUCUUCUCCUUCCUCACGCCCGGUACCUCACAUGUCGAGGUCGUUGAGCUUGUCCACCGAUGCGGCUUCACAGCCAACGUUCUUGAGACCUUGCCGGAAGCUGUUCUCACGCCUAUCAAAGACGCCAUCUCAAUGUGCCAGUCACGCCCACCAGCGAGCUGGCCGAUAGAACUGUUGGCACUGGUUCACAGGGCCGACAUUGCGACCAUGCUUAAGCAGCACGAAGCCAAGGAGAUGUUGGCCAUCAACGCUCCACCUCCCUCCCAUGCCGCCACCGAAGAUUACAAGGCGAUUUGUGGUAGCGUAGAGAAACCAAUCCACUAUGGACACUUGGCAAAUGAGUCCACUGAGCGCCAGGCAAUCAUCCAGGCUCUUUUCAAGGAAGACCGCCGACUCGUUGAGGCAGAGAGCAUGCUAUCGACCAGGUACCACAGGGUCAUCCACUGCAACGCAGAACCAAACUGGACAGAAUCAGAGCUUCUGGAAAAACAAAAGGAGCAGGUCACUGUUGUUGCCACUGGAACCCUCGCCAUUCCGGCAGGACGCGGCCUUAUGCACUUUGGCCUCCGCUUUCCGCUCCCGACUGAGAGAUUUGACAUCACGGGCUUCAACCUCACAUGUCUCGUCAAGCCGACGAAUAUCCUAGUCAAUGCAGACAAGUCUUUGUUCAUUGAGGAGAAAGUCAACUGGGCCUUCUUCCACCAAGGUGCUGCGGCUGGGCUUCAAAUAUCGCCUCGUGCCACAGGUAUCGACAACAACUGGAUCAUCUUUAAUAAACCCAAUGGAGAACCAAGUAACAGGCAUGCUGGGUUCCUUCUGGCUCUCGGUUUGAAUGGACACCUGAAAUCCGUGGUGAAAUGGGUGGCGUUCAAGUAUCUCACGACGAAGCAUACAAUGACGUCCAUAGGCCUGCUGCUUGGACUCGCGGCGUCGUUCAUGGGCUCUAUGGACAACUUGAUCACCCGAGUCCUCACCGUCCAUGUCACGCGCCUGCUGCCACCAGGCUCCGCGGAACUCAACCUGUCACACCUCACGCAGACGGCUGGCCUCAUGGGCAUAGGGCUUGUCUAUUGUGAGAGUCGACACCGGCGCAUGAGCGAGAUCAUGAUGUCAGAGAUCGAGCACGACCAGGACGAAAACGAAGAGGACCCUCUCAGAAAUGAAGGGUACCGUCUUGCGGCGGGUUUUGCCCUUGGGCUGAUCAACCUGGGACGGGGCGCGGACCUCCGAGGACUGCACGAUAUGCGGCUGAAGGAGAAGCUGUUGACGUUCGCGUCGACAACGAAGAAAGUUGAACUGGUCAACGUCCUCGACCGCGCAGCACCUGGCGCCGUCGUUGCGAUAGCACUCAUGUUCAUGAAGUCUGAAGACCACAUUGUCGCACGCAAGGUCGACGUUCCCGACUCUGUGCUUCAGUUCACAUAUAUUCGGCCGGAUGUCUUACUGCUACGAACCCUCGCCAAGAACCUCAUCAUGUGGAGCCGCAUCGAGCCGAGCGUGGAGUGGAUUCGGUCCAGUCUGCCUGUUGAGUACAGAUGGCGGCAUUUACUCCAGGGACCGAAGUCCUUGCGCAGUAAGGAUAUGUCCUUCUACUCGAUAUUAUCCGGGCUCUUGUUCUCGCUUGGUCUGCGGUUUGCAGGCUCUGGAAAUCUGCAUGUGAGAGACUUGUUGGUCAGAUAUCUCGACAAGUUCAGAGACCUUGUCAGACAGCCCGCCGAGUGUUAUGAUGCGCAGCUGGCACGCAACAACGUGCAGAUGUGUCAAGACAUUACUGCCUUGUCCGCCGCCACGGUGAUGGCAGGUACAGGUGAUUUAGAAGUGCUGAGGAGGCUGCGGUCCCUGCAUGGCCGCCAUGAUCCGGACACGUCCUACGGCAGCCACCUGGCAGCCCAUUUGGCCAUCGGGGCCUUGUUCCUAGGCAGUGGAACCGCGACUUUCAGUACCAACAACCUGGCCAUCGCCUCUCUUCUGAUCGCGUUCUACCCGCUGUUCCCCGCCAACGUCCAGGACAACAGAGCCCAUCUCCAGGCCUUCAGGCAUUUCUGGGUGUUUGCUGCUGACCCUCGCUGUCUCGUGUCCAAGGACUUGGCAACAGGCGCGCCCGUCAGUGUGCCUGUCCUCAUCAAAAUGAAGUCAGUGACGUCCAGGUCUCUGAAACACACCUCACCAUCCAAGUCACGAUCGAAAGCCCGACAUGCCGCGACCACGAGACAAGAGGAGCCCCUUGUCCUUCGCAAGCAGACACCCUGCCUUCUGCCACUCCUCGACGACAUAUCCUCUGUUCGCACUGACGCCACGUCUCUUGGGUACUGGAACCUCGAGCUCGACUUCGAGCACAACCCAGACCUCGCCGCCGAGUUCCGCGAGAACCAGACGCUCAACCUCCGCCAGCGAACGCUCCACGAGAGUGUUUUCAGCGGCACGCUCCGCGCGCUCGGCCGCGACAGUCUCGCCAACAAGAGUGGCGGCUGGCACGCCGGCAGCGCGUCCGCCUCGGCAUCAUCCCACGAGCCACUUGAGUGGAUCUUCAACCGAAUCCCGCUGAAAGGCAUCACACAUGCCGAGCGCGUAAUGGUCCUUGAUCGUACCGGCGGGGAGGGGGGAAGUGAAGAGGCUGCCGGGACCGAGGUUGACGCGAGGUUGACGCUGGAGAGCGGGUUGGAGGGCUGGAGUCAGGAGGAUCUGGAGGGGUUGAGGCUGUUAUUUGCGUGGGCUGAGAAGAGAGAAUCGUCGAGAGAUGGUGGCCCGAAGGGCGAGGAUGAGGGCGAGGGAUGGUGGUUGCGUGAUGGUGUGGUUGAGAUGUUGAGGGGAAAGGUCUGGAUUGCUGCGAGGAGAGAGAUGGAGGGCAGUCCUGGGUCAUAA